UUCGACGAGAAUAGCACUGACAUCAGAUAACAAGCCGGCGAUUGGGCAAUUAGGCCAAGGAAGGCAAAGCCGCAAGAGAGACGUACGUACGCAGGUUUGUACGUACGGUAGUAGGGCCCGGGUUAUGCAUAGAGCAGAGCAUAGAGCAGAGCACAGAGCAGAGAGACCUGGGCACCAGCACCGAGCAGCAGCUCCCAGAGUUCCGGGCUAGCAACGCCAGGGCCCUCUGCGGCGGCUUCGACUCCGCCCAGCCGGUGAAGCGAAGCGAACCGGGGUGAUGAUGCGAAGCAGGCCAGGUGGUCAGGCAGGGGAUGAGUGGUGCCGCAAACUCGAUAGAUUGCGAUGAAAGGAAACUCGGUCAGGGAAGUUUGGGCCUCAUCGAGACCAUCCUGCUAGGUAAUGUAAAGCCGGGGAGAUCAAAAGGCCGUCGAGCCACGUCGAUUUGGAUGCACGAUGCGCGAUGCGGCAGGGAAGGGCGGGGAGAGGCGAGUGCUGUAGCCUGUAUGAUGUAUCGUAUCGUAUGUACCACGAUACUGACGCAGUUAGUGGAGAGGGGGGGAAAGGGGGUGGGAUCGGGCAUCACUCGCUCCUCAUCGUCAUUUUGGGGUGGGGUAGGUGGGAAGGAAGAUCAGGGCAGGGCGAACCAGGGCAUUUCUGGUAGAGCGGGCCAGAUCACAUAUGAUGAUGAUGACGAUGAAGGUGGUGCCGCUGGUGCCAGUGCCAGUGCUGAUGAGGGAAUUGUGAAUUGUGAAAAGAGGGCCACAACACCACACCACACCACACCACACCACACCGUGUAUCAUGCGGCGGAGGAGGGCUCAACAUGUGGUUGUGUAUGUAUCCUUGGAGCAGCCGACUGCGUCAUGCCCCUCGUGUGCUCAGGCUGCUGCUUGUUCAGCUUCGUGCACCCGUGCCCCCAAAGGAACAUGGCACAUAGACAUAGAGCUGGCCAUGGCAGCGCGCGUCUCACGGUAAGGGCUGGUUUUGCUGGUCUAGUGCCAAUGGCCAUCGCUGGUUCCGGCUUAGGUCAGGUCCAGAUACUUUUGCAGGUGGUCGUGGCCGCAGUUGCAGGACGGGGCGGGAUCAUCCACAGUGACAGGCGGCUGGCGGGUAUGCGUGAAUGCAGCUCGGAUGCAGCUAAAGCAGGAGCACGUACGGAUGGAUACCACAGGCAGCAGGCCUUGUCUUGUAUGUGCGCGUUCUAGUUCGUGCGUACCUACGGAGUACACUAGAUUGAAAGGGUAAGUAGUGUACACUACGUCGCAGAGCAGGGCAGAGCAGAGCAGACGAGGGAGCGGACAGGCCAGGGAAAGGUAUCCGGAUGGUUAUGAACGGACACCAGUCGCAGUGGCUGGCGGUCCAAGUUGGUCCGUGGAGACGCCUUGGUGGGCGGGUUUGGUGGCAUCGGGGAAUGAGAAGAGCCCCAGCCGGAGGAGCCCCUAGCUUCUUAGUCUGCGAGUCUAAGGAACCGUCAUGCUUCCCCGAAACGAAGGGAGCAGGAAGAGGGGUGUGGUGGAACCAGGAAGCCGGGGAACAACAGGGCGACGUUAGCAACUGGAGGGGGGGGCAACCGGAACGUUCGAUGGAUGUGCCGGGCCGGUGACAGGAUAUAGAAAACGAGAAGAUGUGUUUGAGAAAGAGACGCACAAUAAAAGACAAAGCAAAGAUAA